AUAAGAAUAAUAAACUCGUCGAGGGGUUUCGCUGCUCCGGAUCCACGGGAGCGUCGGAAGCUCUCGCGCGGCCGGAACACUAGCCCCGUGCAAAACCCUAGAGCGGGACGCUGAUCCUGUCGCCAUGGCCGCGGCCAACGAUCAGAUCACCAUGCGGGAGAUACUGACUCUUCCGAGUCUGGGUAUAAAUCCACAAUUCAUCACCUUCACGCAUGUAACGACGGAGUCGGAGCUUACAGUUGCCUUAAAUUCGGUACGCGAUGCCCUACGCGUCAGACGGGAAAUGACCCAGUAGGAAAUAUAUAUGUGUGAGGGAGACGUUCCGCGGGACAAUGUUGUUAUAAUCGACACGAACAUGCCAAUGCAGCCAUUGAGGAGGCCUAUCACUGCGGACUCGGCAUUGAUGAAUCCCAACAGCAGGAUUCUUGCUCUCAAAGCCCAACUACCAGGAACUACUCAGGACCACCUACAAAUAUUCAAUAUUGAGGCAAAAGCAAAAAUAAAAUCACACCAAAUGCCUGAACAGGUUGUCUUUUGGAAGUGGAUCACCCCAAAGAUGUUGGGGCUGGUAACACAAACCUCAGUGCAUCAUUGGUCAAUAGAAGGUGACUCGGAACCUGUGAAAAUGUUCGAUGGAACAGCCAAUUUGACAAAUAAUCAGAUUUUCAACUAUCGGUGUGACCCAACUGAAAAGUGGCUGGUUCUUAUUGGAAUUGCACCUGGUUCUCCUGAGGUAGCUGAUUUUAUGGUUGUUGGCUUGUGUUUCAGUAUUUCAGAAUAGUGUAGGUUUUUAUGGUGGUAUGAUAGAUAUUUUUUUUUCUUUUUGAUAUGCUAACAGUAAGGAGUUCUGAUUGAUCUGUGCAGCUUCAUUUUAUUGUCCCUAUCUGCAUGUAUCAAAAUCUAUCACUGUUUGGGUUGCAUAUCAUUGAUAAAAUAAAUUGGAAGUACCAAGUGAUAAUUACAGGGACAUUUACUCAAGCCUGCUGGUUCGGUAGCAUGGAUAGAAGCGAAUAUUUACUUUCUACCAUAUCUAGAUCUAGACAAUUGUGCACAAAUUAUAUUCUUUUUUCAAUUUUUCUAAUUUUAUUUUUGGGCAGAGGUAGUUGCAUGAAUAUCUGUAAUUUCGAGUCAUUUUUGCGUAUAAGUGAAUUAUCUGAUGAAUCUUUUGGGGCCUCCAAAAAAAUUUAUGGAAUAGUUCGUAAGUACCACAUGUUAAAAAUGAAAUUCACCAAGAUUGAUUAUGGUUGCAAGCGUGGGGUAGAAUUUGUGGUGCUUCAUUGGUGAAAAACUAGGAGAAUCUUACCUGGCUACUGCAUUUUGUAUUGAACAUAGAACCCAGUGUCAUUGGGAUCAAAUUUUCAAAGUUAGAGUACAAGUCAUGUGGCUUGCUCAACACUCGAAUACAACAUUGGCUUGUCCACAGAUCUACUUAGUUUUUGACUUUUCAUUCGUUGGCCUUGGUGUUUGAACAAUCCAAUUGUCUUUGAUGGUGCUUUUGUUAAUUUGACAAUCUCAACCAAAAGAAAUUCCACCUCAUAAUUUAGGUGUCAUUUGGCAUCACUUUUGUUUUUUUUUCCUCUAUUUUUAUUAUAAAAAAAUAAAAAUAUUUUUUUUUUACUUUUAAAAAUUAUAAUUAUGCUUGGUAUAGUUAAUUAUUUCUAAAAAUAAACAUAUCGAUGAUCAUGACAUGAUGGUUGUUGCAGCAGAGGUAGUGGAUGUGGUAAUGCUGCUGAUGGUAAAUAUGACGGCGAUAAAUAAUGGUGGCGAUGAUGGCAACAGUAGUAUGAUGGAGGCAAGAUGAUAGACCGAUAGGGGUGGUGGUGGCAGAGGUGGCGAUGGUGAUGGUGGUGGCAGUGGUGACGAUUGUGGUGGUGAGGGUACCAAUGAUGCGGUGGAGACGAUGGCUAUGGCAGUAUUGAGGUGGAGGCAGUGAUGGUAGUGAUGGUGAUGGUGAUGGUAGUGGUGGUAGAGGCAUUAGUGAUGCAGUAGGCACUUGUUUUGGGGCAAUUUUUUUGGUGCCAUUCAGGGCUGAGCUGAGGAUUGUCUGGUGAGUGAUCUCAUGGGGGGAGAAGAUGUAGUCGAAUGUUCUGAGUUAGCAUGCUCAAUAGCUGGUUUCAUGUGUACAGGUCGUCAAUACUUUCAGCAAAUGGUUAUUUUUUAUCUAUUUUGCUAUCAGAAGCACAAUCAAUUGCUGUAUUACUUCUGUUUUAGGUGCCAUAUCCUAUAUUUUCCAGUCAGUCCAGAUAAGUUGACUUUACGGUAUGUACCUCAUGAAACGUGUAGUUGCUGGAUAUAUAUAUAUAUAUAUAGUUCAUUUCUCCUGCUUCAAUGGAUAGUAUUACCACCUGAAGUUAUAUGCGUUCAUCAUUCUAUUUCAUUUGCUUGACUAUGUAUCAGAAAUGAGUGGUGGUAUUGCCUGGCUUUUCUGGUUUAACUUACAGAAUCAGAUGGAUACGUAGCAUAUCUGAUGUAGGCUGUUUUUUCUUUUUGCUUUUCUAUGAAGAGAGGAAAAAUAAGCCCUUGGAUUGGAUUUUUUCUAUCUGUAGAUUUUGCAGCUUUGGUGGAAGAAUUCCAGCAUCUAAAAGCAUUGGGAAUGUGUCACUGAUCAUUCAUCAUUCCUAUGCUUGACAGCUUUGAAUGCUAGGGAGAUGUUAUGCAAUCGGAAGUCAUUCUCAGCCAUAGUUUUAUUGUUAAACUCAACUUGUAUUUUUGAUGAGGUGUGUCACUGUUCAAGAAAAGAAACACGGCUGCAAUUGUACAAAUUAAGUUUGUUAUCUCAAACAGUUAAUGCAAUAUCCUCAUUGUUCA